UUGUACCAAUCGAAAUUAACCGAAGCCCGUUUUUCAUCUCCGUCAACAACAGAGGUAUUCGCUUUCAGAUUUCAGAGCAAAGUACAUAUUCAUUCAUUCCUCCUCCUCCAAGUACUACCACCCUAUCUACUUGUUUAGUUCCGUCACUCUCAUCCGAUUCGAUUCCUAGGGUUUCUCAACUUCACAAUCACAACAAUGGCUUCCCCUACUCAUUUCGACGACCAGGAAUUUGAUUUUGGAGGUGAAAUUAGCGGAACGCGUCCAGGUAUUAAUAAGAGGUCAUCUCCUGAUUUUGACGAUACCGAUUUUGAUAAUGAUCCUUUAGGAAAGAAGGCCAAAACCAAAGCUGAAGUUGAAGUGGCGUCUGGCGUUACAACUGGAAUGAUUUUGUCUCUUCGCGGGAGUCUUCAAGACUGUAAGGAUACGCUUGCGUCGUGCCUGAAUGAACUUGAGGCUGCACAAACCGAGAUUCAAAAAUGGCGCUCUUCAUUUCAAAAUGAACCAUUCAUACCUGCUGGGACCACACCAGUACCCAAAUUGGUGAUUAAUUAUCUUCAAGCACUGAAAUCAUCGGAAGAGUCCUUAGGAGACCAGCUUGAAAAGGCAAAGAAAAAGGAAGCUGCAUUCAUUGUGACAUUUGCUAAACGCGAGCAAGAGAUAGCAGAGCUGAAGUCUGCUGUACGGGACCUCAAAGCUCAACUCAAGCCAGCAUCAAUGCAGGCAAGGAGGUUCUUACUAGAUCCGGCAGUUCAUGAAGAGUUCACACGGUUAAAGAAUUUAGUUGCGGAAAAGGACAAAAGAGUAAAGGAGUUGCAAGAUAACAUUGCUGCUAUAAACUUUACUGCCCAAAGCAAGAUGGGAAAGUUGCUAAUGGCUAAAUGUAGAACUCUACAAGAGGAAAAUGAAGAGAUUGGGCAUCAAGCUUCUGAGGGCAAGAUGCAUGAAUUAGCAAUGAAACUUUCAUUGCAGAAAGACCAGAAUUCCGAGCUCAGAAAUCAAUUUGAAGGGUUGCAGAAGCAUAUGGAUGGAUUGACCAAUGAUGUGGAAAGAUCCAAUGAAAUGGUUUUGAUGUUGCAAGAUAAAAUAAAUGAGAAGGAUCAGGAGAUCCAAAGAUUGAAAAAUGAGUUGCAACAGAAAAGAUCUAUUGAGAACGGGAGAACAAAUGCAGCAUCUAAUGCCAGAACUACAGAAGACAUUAACUGAUAUAACCCGACUUCAAAAAUUUGUUGGAAGCGGUUAAUUAUUUCUGUUGUUUUUGCUGAUAGUUGUAGUUGUAUAUUGUAUUCUAUUUGUUUGUUCGAGUUUUUCUUUGCAAUGUGCAACUGUGAAUGUGCGUGCGUGAGGAAUGAAUUUGCUAUUGCUUGGUGGUCCAUAUGGAAUUACAACACUCGCAUUAACCACCAUAUGCGACCUCCAAGACUGAAUCAUGAGCACCCUGUUCAGCUCCAGUGAUCAGUAUUGUUUGUUCGAUUUGAGAAAAUGAUUGAGAGGGAAUCAUGCGGAGAAGGCAACAGAUCGGAGAAGGCAACGAAGAAUGUGUUUGUCGAAGAUAUCACAUGAUUUAUUUUAAUUCAAAAUAUUCUGAGCCCCUAAAUCUAAUCAAACGUUAUAAUGAAAUCUUCUAAUUUCUUAUGUCUCUUUUUAUAAAACCUUCAAGUUUAAGAUGUGUUGUUGAUAAUUUUACUAAAAAACUGUGCAUUGAUCAAAAGGUCUUAUAUAGAGAGAUAUAAGUAUUAAGUAGCCGUUGUUUUCUGUCUUUACGAUUAGAUUAGUAUCAUUGUCAUGCAAGUUCUUGUUGUCUGUUGGAAUGGGAGUACAAUUUUAUACGAUUUUCUCUUUUCUUCAUAAACAAACUGCCAAUAAUUCAGUCAAGAAGAUUAGUUUCAGUUAUCGGCAGAAGAUAAC